AUGGCCAGAGAUACCUUGCCUGGUCCCAGCUCUGGAGUGGGAAAGGUAGCCUCGCAUUUGGAUUGCUUGUCUGAAUCGAUGAUGGUAGUGAUGAUGAUGAUGAUAAUGAUGAUGUUGUUAUUAGUGAUGAGUGGUGUUGAUGUUGAUGUUGAUGUUGUGAUAUUGAUUUUGAUAUUUCUAUUGAUUCUGAUUCUGAUUUUGAUUGUGAUUUUGAUUUUGAUUUUGAUUUUGAUUCUGAUUCUGAUUGUGUUGGUAAAAAUGACAAAGAUAUUGAUGAUUAGAGAGAAAAGAGAAAAGAUUGGAAAGAGAUGUUCUCACAGAGGGAACUUGAACUUUAACGUUGCGAUUAUGCCUGAAAGUUGA